AUGAGACUUCUUCUCAUUUUUCUACCUACCUUCAUUCAUUCUUCAUACAUUCCAAGCCACCAAUUUGUGAACAGGUAUGAGUAUCUAACUCAUCUCCUGAAUCACGAAAAAACCUUGCCAUAUCCGACGGUCGAAUCAAUGUCGAGAAUCAUCCUCAACCCAUUCUAUUUUUACAAUCGGAAUUGUAUGGGACAACGGGAAGAAUUGACAGUUCAAGACAUCGUGAACCUUUUCAAUAGGGAGAUCGAAUAUCAGAAAGCUAACGGGAUCUAUCUGCAGAAAGAUCAUGAGACACAGGAAUGGGCAGAUCGACUUCGCGACAUGAAAUUCAAGGAGCGAAAAAGUGUGGUGAAUAAGAAAUCGUGGUCACCGAUUCGUCCACGUGACACUCUUGACGUGAUUCAACAUUAUAAGGGGAAAAAUAUUCAGAUGGAGGAUUUCGGGUUUACCUAUGAGAUGGAAUAUCAGAAUACGACGACUACUUAUAUUGUUGCUAAAAUGCCGUGUCAUGAUGAGUUGGAUAAUUUGGAGUGUAAGAAUGUUUAUCUAGCGGGAGCGGCGUUGCAGUGUUAUUGA